AUGGAUUCUCCACUCAAUUCGAAUAUCGAGGUGACUAGAAAUCCUGAUGGCACUGUGGAAACUUCUAAAGUAGACACACCCAUCAAUCCAAGUGAACAAAUGAAGAAGUCUACUCCUAAGAAGACAAAAUUCAUACCACCGGGAGUUUCGACUGUCGAAUCAUUUCAUGAGGAGGUUCACACUUCAGGCAUCACUGUGAACAUAUCUAAUAUGGACGUAAAUGUUACUAUGGGUGAAGGAGUAUUGGAUACAUCACCCCAAGAAGGUCCCAAAACAAUUAAUGAUGAUGAAACUGAUUAUGGUGGGUUCGUGGGUUCUUUUGCUAGUAUAGAGUUUGAUCCUAAUGAAGAGGACGUUCCAGAUCACAUGCUGAUGUCUGGGAAGCAAUUUAAGAUUCUUAAUCGGAAGCUUAAUUCGUUGCUACAAUUACAAGUAUAUGGUGGGGGUAAAGAUUCAGUUUCGGGUAUCGAGGUGGAUGUCAUGUUGAAAGCUCAAGAGCAUUGUAUUCAGGACAAACUUGAUCAAAUUUACAAGAAUAAUGAGUUAAGGGACAAAUCUAAAUUUGAGAGCUUUAAUGGAGCCCUUAGAGCAUUGAAGGAUGUUGCGAAGGAAAGACAUGUUAUGUAUGUUCAAGAUGUUAAGACCAUUCGUGAGAAUGUCAAUUUGCCAAAUGGUUUUUGUCAUGACAAUAGUUACAGUCAUAGCCUGAGUCACCAACUACCUUCUUCUCCUUUUUAUCAUCCUCCUUUUGAUAAGUGCUCUUAG